AUGUCUCAUUCUUGGUUGCAGAAGAAGCGCAAAGGCGAGCUGAUUGAGCUCGCGCAGACAGCGAAGCUUCCCGAUGCUGAUAGCUACUUGAAGGAUGAUCUUGUGCUGCUGAUUGAAGACCAUCUCAACAACAACGAGAUUACAUAUGCCAAGCAUCCAGAUUUCAGAGAUUACUAUGGCCGUAGCGGAUCCCCCGUUAAGCGCGAGCGUUCGUCACCAGAGCCAUUGUCUAUAGCGAAGACGACGCGUCGUAGGACUCUCGUGAAGGAGCCGUCUGAAGAAGCAACACCAGAGAAGAGAGCACCCAUUACAACACGUACACCACGCGCUGUCGCCCAGUCUGCUGCACAGUCCGCCUCCAAAAACGUUCAGUCUGCGUCUCAGAGCCUUUCGCAGACCGCUCAGGACUUGACCCAGAGCCUGUCACAACAAACCCCACGAGCCAUACCAAGACGUGUCUCCCAGAUUGUCAACGAAGUCGACAUCCCGGCCUCACCGUCCCAACUUGCAGAAGUCGCCGACCAGUCGUUCCAGGCUGCGAAGACCAAGGUCUCUAAGUUGUGGGAGAAGACACGAGUCGACGAGAUCAAGGAGCUAAUCCGUGAGAAUGUCAGCUCGGUCGCUGCUAUCCAGACACUCAUCCUGCUCAUCGAGGCUGCCGGGCUUCAGUUCAAUACUCUCCAGACAACACCUACUAUUGCCAUCGAUACGGCGAACAGCCACUACCUGCACAUUCCCGACUUCUGGACACUUUUGACAAGCGAGUGGUGGGCUCCAGCUACACUGUGGUCCUUAACAAGUUGGGUGCUGCCAUUCAUCUUUUCUUACUUCUUCAACUUGACGCUUCGAUCGAACACCAACCACAAGUCUUCGUACCGCCAGUACCCCGCAGACCCGCUUGUGUUCAACAUUGUCAAGGCUAUCUUGGCGUAUAGCGCGUAUCGUCUGCCUGUUGUCGAUGCGACUCUGGUAGGCGAAGCUGGGCUUGCCAAAGCUGUUGAUAUGAGCUGGGGCCCCUUCUCAGAGCAGAGUGUUGGUGUUGUACGCAACAAUGUUCCUGGUGGUUACCACGGACUGCAGAUUGGAGCUGUGGUCGGCAUUUUGGUCAGCUUGUACGAUGCCGCGCUCAAGAAGUGA